GUGCCAGGGACAGUUUCUCUGACGCUCUGUAUCCUUCUUCAUCAGAGGAAGAAGAUGAGGUGGUCGCGAGUGUCAUGACUAUCUUACACUCGGAGCCCUCCACCUCAACCAAGGCAGCACAGGCAGCUCCUGCAAAGACCCUGGAGGUCAACCCCUGUCUGGAUGAAGACGAGGUAGUCCCCAGCACCUCCAUGAUUGAGGGCUACCUAAUGACCACUCAGGCAGCAUGGGCAGCUUCUGCACAGAGCUUGGAAGAAGAGGUUGGGGGAGCUGAUGUCUCUGAGGUGAGUAUCGGCUCCCUGACCCCCACCGAGGCCAGGCAGGACCUCCUGGAGAAGAUUCCCUCUCUCCUGCCGGGUGAGAUCCUCAUCGAAGAGGACAUCCCCCUUCUCAGCACUCCCAGGGACACCGUUAUGAGCCCCCAGACCCUGAAGCUCAUCCUCCAGGGCAUCAUGCGCCGACUGGAGGCCUCAGAGUCCCCCCAGGCCAGGAGGGCCAACGACCCCUUCAGGCUGAUGAAGAAUCUCUUUUUGGAGGUCCAGCAUGCCCUUAAGUAUGUUGACAUCUCUGUCCUCUUCAGCCUGGAGGAGAGCAUCCAAUUCAGGGGGGAAGAUGCAAUGAAGGCCAUCGUGAAGGCUGCGGCUAAAAGGUUGUCCCUGCGCUCGGACUCCAACCGGGCUCAACUGCGCGCCGUACGCUAUGGUGGCGAGGGAGCCAUCUAUUGCAUGGCAGACACCAUCGCGCAUGUCAUAAACGACCACGCCCAGGACUGGAGUUCUGACGGCCAUUUUGGAGCGAGUAGGAGCCGUGGUAGUGGGAGAUCACACUCCUCCUCAAGCUCCUCAAAGAGUGACAUCACCCUCACAGAGGAACUCUUGGUCCAGGGGGAAAGCCUGGAAGAGGACCAAGAGGAUGUGGUUGCGAUUGACGACAACAAGAAAUGUGACUCUGCUAGCUUGGAGAAGGCCAGCAGCAGCUCCCUCUCCACAGACCUUGUGGACAGCACCUCCACACAGGUAAGCAGACUACCAUUAACCAGUAGGUUGUUAAGUUAUUGGGGCUUUUUGAUUGUGAGGCACCAACUCAUAUCUGUUUCUCUCUCUACUAAGAAGACAGGGAAGGACGAGGCAGUGAAGGAAAGAGUGAGGAAGUCAGGAGAGGGGAUGCGUGGUUGCAAGAAGACCCUGAAGAAGAACAAGGUGGCAUCACUUGGCACUGAUGAUACCGUGGCUGAUGAGCCGGGAAAAAAACAGUCUCUCCUCCUGCGGAUUACAGCUGCCCUGGCAAAAUUAUUUUGCUUCCCCUGCAAAAAGAGAAGCGGUAAAAAGUUCAAGCCAUGAUGAUUCCCCCCAUAGCCCG